UACCGCUUCAUUUUGGGUUUGUUAAAAGUGUGACAAAUAGCAUCAGCUGUACUCUUCACACAACUCCCACCGGUUACUCAUACAAAUUAAAUUGUUUAUGUUAAAUUACACCAUCGUUACUCAAUAAUUCAAUAAUAAUCAUGAAAUUCAAACUAUUUGGCGAUCUUGAUUGUCCAGAUUGGGUUAUGGCAAAUUUAAAUCUACUAGCCAAAUUGAGUUCCGUUAAAGUAAAACUCAUUUGUAAUUUAGUCGUUACUGAUGUUGGAAAAAAAGAGAUAGAUUUUGACAAGCUGCUGAAAAUUACUAGUGAUGCCAAAUUUGAUGAAAGUGACAGUCGAGCUUGUUUUAUGGUCGCUUCAUUCAUUCUUAAAAGUGCUUGGAGAUUCAAUGUGGACCACUCAAUUGUUGUAGCUGAGCUUCAACAAUUAGGUUUACCGAAAGAGCAUACUACUGCAAUCGCUAAAGUAUAUUCCGAGAAAGCUGAUGAUAUGAGAAAUGCCCUGAAAAGUCAAAGUUUACGAUUGAAUAGACUUGAAGAUGUUGAAACAGAGGUGAUAAAUGGAUUAAGAACCGAGUCAUUCAAAGUGAACACCAAAUUAGGAUUAGUUAAAUUGAAAUUAGAUAGAUCUGGAUCAAAGGAAAUUGUUGAAUUUUGUGUAACAAAGGAGAAACUUGCUAUACUUAUACAGUCACUGAAAGAAGCUGAGGCUUUGGAAUGAAAUUAAUAUAAAAUAUUUUAUAAGAUGAUUUUUGUAAUACUUGUUAUAAUUUUUAUGAACUGAUUUUUUUUCUAAACGAACUUGCAAGGCCCAAUAUUGAUUAAUUUAUUUCGUAUUAUCGUUGCUUCCAAAUUAUUUUCUCAAAAAACUUGUCCUAAUGAACUAAAUGUCAAUGUUAUCGAUCCUUGCAUACACAA